CUCCGCCCACCUCAUAAAUAUUCAUGAGCCGAGCGCCCCUGCGUGCCCUUACGCGAUGACGCAACGCGACAACUGCGGGUCCCGAUUGCUGCAGCCGCUUGUCAGUGUGACGAAGAUUGGCACUCAGGCAUCUCUUCCAGGUAGUCUAACUGAAGCUGUGUGUGUCGUGCAGGUUGGCCACCUGUCCCUCCCGCUCUCUAUAAUGCCCCAGUGUUUGCAGCAUCUGCAGUGAACGUGAUGGCAGCCCAGUCGGUCUCCAUAGACAAGUACCCGAAGGGAGAGCAGCAGAUACAAAUCGUGAAGGUGGACAGCGAUACGGAGCAGAAGUUUAUCGAGGAGACGUUGGCAGAGGCGCCGAGCCCGGAACCAACAGAGCCGCAGACACCCAUGGACGCGGAUAAAGCCUCCAUAUACCGACACCCCCUGUUCCCUCUGUUGGCCCUGCUGUUUGAGAAGUGUGAACAGUCCACGAUGAGCUCAGACUGCAUCACCUCGGCCAGCUUCGAUGUGGACAUCGAGAACUUUGUCCGCUGUCAGGAGAAGGAGGGGAAACCCUUCUUCAGCGAGGACCCCGAACUCGACAACCUGAUGGUGAAAGCCAUCCAGGUGCUGCGGAUCCACCUGCUGGAGCUGGAGAAGGUGAGCGACCUGUGUAAGGACUUCUGCAGCCGCUACAUCGCCUGUCUCAAGACCAAGAUGAACAGUGAGACUCUGCUGAGUGGAGACCCGGGAAGCCCCUACUCCCCCGUCCAAGGCCAGGCCCCCAGCUUCUCCCCCAUCAAGACUCAGACCCCCAGCUCCAUCUCGGGGACCAUCAGUCCUCAGGGUCAGAUCAUGGUGCAAGCAUCGGCUCUGCAACAAGGGAAUGUUACCGUGACAGCGGUUAACCCCGCCCAGGUGGUCGCAGGUAUGUCACCAUGGCAUACAACCCCUUCCUCAGGUGGCACGGUGUACCAGCCUGUUACAGUCGUCACUCCACAGGGCCAGGUGGUAACGCAGGCGCUCUCUCCAGGGACAAUACGUGUCCAAAACAAUCAGCUCCAGCUGCAGUUCCACCAGGACCUGAACCUCUUCAAUCACGACGACAGCUCAACCAAGAACAAACGUGGAGUUCUACCCAAACAAGCCACCAACGUCAUGCGCUCGUGGCUCUUCCAGCACAUCGGGCAUCCGUAUCCAACAGAGGACGAGAAGAAACAGAUCGCCACUCAGACAAACCUGACACUUCUGCAGGUCAACAACUGGUUUAUAAAUGCACGGAGGCGGAUCCUGCAGCCCAUGUUGGACGCCAGCUCGUCUGAGACGCCAAAAACCAAGAAGAAGACUCCUCAGAACCGACCUCUGCAGCGCUUCUGGCCUGACUCCAUCGCUGGAGGAGGGACUCACCAGCAGGUUACCAUGCCAGACGGUACUAUGGUGACGAUGAACGUGGAGGGUCUGCAGAGCCUGACGUCAGACGGCGCCACGCUGGCGGUGCAGCAGGUGAUGAUGGGGGGCCACAGCGAGGACGAGUCGGGAGACAGCCUAGACGAGGACGAUGACGCGGACAUGGCUGGGCUGGGCCUGGACAACAGCGACUCGUUGCAGUAGAGGACACGCUCCCUCACACUCUGAUCUACACACAACAUGCGCCAAGCGAGUCUCCAGAACACACACGCACGCACACACACACACACACAGAGCACAAAUCUACAGGACGUCCCGGGAACGCUCCUGCACUCUUCCAACCCUCCACCCUGCUGAACGGGCAGUUAACGCUGCGUGUGUGUACAUCACGAGUUUCAUUUGAGAAACCCGUUUUUUAAUUAUUUGGUUGACGUAUGCGAGUGCACUUUUUUUGUAUAUUUAAGCUCAAAAAGAUUAAAUCAAACAUGUGGAAGAAGAAAAAAAAAAGUGUUAAAAAACACCCGAAGCGAGUUUGUAUGCUCCGUUAUUAAAUGUCGACUGAGUUGUUUUCUCGGCCCCUCGCCCCCCCUCCCCAAGUUGAAUUCUCUUUUUGGAUGCCAACACUUUUAAGUCGUACCUGUGAGGGUUUGUCUUCACUUUUUUGCAUGCUUGUGUUUCGAGUAGAUGUGCGCACUCUUACGGUGGGCUCCGCGGCUCUCGCACGGGGCCGACGCGGAGACAUUUGGGGGGGAAGGAAAAAAAAUGGAGAGAUGCUUAUUUUUAUAUACAAACAUAUGUAAUUAGUGUUUUUGUUCCAUUUUGUUGUGUUCUCCUGUUUUGUAAGGAAUAUUUAUGUACAGAUUCAUAAGUAAGAUUAGCGACUCUGUUUUCCAGGGUUCUUUGAAGUUUUCUAAAAAAUAGAAAAAAAGGAAUUUGAAAGCUGAUGAAAAAUUUGCUAUUUAAAUUGGUUUUAAACGAUACUAACAAGGCCUUACGCGUUUUUCUUUUCUAAACAAUUCUUGCCAAGAAGCACAAAAAAGAACGUCCGACCCUCUCCUCGGGGUCACACGGGUCAAAAUGACACUAAAGUGCAGAACGUGUGCGUUCAUCGUGUUGUCUCUAUGUUGUGUAAAAGUUACCUGAAGACGUCUGACACAGUUCAGCUGACUGUGGGGCUCAGACUUUUUUUAAAACGCAGCUCCAGUUUUACCGUCAUUGUGUAUAUCAUUCAGUGCGUCUUUUUAAUCAUUUUAGUAGCUUAGGCGUCACUUUCUCAAAUGCACAAUCCAGAACACUAUGCUAACCACACAAUCACGAGGGUCAGAUGUGGACGGUCAGACGCUGAGGGUCAGACGUGGAGAGUCAGACGCUGAGGGUCAGACGUGGAGAGUCAGACGCUGAGGGUCAGACGUGGAGAGUCAGAUGCUGAGGGUCUGACAUGCAAACCCAUCAUCAUCAACAAGAAGAAGCAGCAGUGGACUCUUUGCACGCAUUAAACUUUUAUUUAUGUACAUGCUACUGCGCUGAAAACAAAGAGCAGUUUGGAAAAGCUGGACUCGUCGUUGGUGGGCUGCCUGAAGGACUGGGACUGAAGCUCCGCAGCCUCCGUCGCCCCCCCCCCCUUCCGCCGCCACUACACACACACACACACACACACAUGUAGUGAAAGUAUUGGAAUCUUUAUCAGUGUGUUGAUAUUUCUGCACAAGCUGGGUGGCCUCUUGUUUGAAUAUCUGUAACAUUGUACUGUACAACAGUCGUCUGUCAAUAGUUUGAGUGAUCUGGUUUAUAUCCCUCUUGUAAAGUUGAGACUUGAAAUAUGAAGCAGCCGAGGGGAGGUGGGUGUUAGUGCUGGGGGGGGGGGGUUUGGGGUGAGUCCUGGUGGGCCCGUGCUCUCGGCUCUUUACUCGCGUCUGUCUUGCUUUUUAUGAAGCGUUCUUCACUUUUCUCUCGUCUGUUUUGCCUUAGAGCUUUCUAUUUUGGAAUAAACGAUGCCUAACUCUC